UGGUUUUAUUUGGCACCGUACAGAUGCGUCUUCUGACGGAUUUGUGAUGCAUUUAAGGAGCCUCAGCCUCGUGCCUCAGCAGAGCGUGUUUCACUUUGGAUUUUGCAGCCCUCUGAGCGCAGGCAGCGAGCAGGCAGGCCGGCAGGAGAAGCUUGCUGUCUUGUCCUCUGCCUGCUUUGUUUCAGCUGGGCGAUGCGGCCGGGGGCUGGCCCUGCCCGUAGGAGCCGUGCAGCGUGCGGCCGGUCCCGCCGAGGAGCUGCCCCGAGCCCCUCUCCCCCUCGCAGGGUCUGCAAACAAAAACCACUGAGAGCGGCAGAGGGUUGCUCAAUCCGCAGCGCUCGGAAGUUAAGCAAGCGGCUGGUUCCCAUCGCACGUUCCCAGGCGAGUGAGCCCAAACCGAGACCGGGAAAUCCGCAAGCGGCCGCGGCGCCGAGGCGGUUCUCCACGGUGAAAUGCCCGCCGGCCCGUCGGCUCCGGAGCCGCUGCAAUCCGCAGGCUGCUCUAGCGGGGCACGGAGAAGCGGCUGGGGCUUUUCCAGUGCUCCUGUUCCUGCUCAGUGCUGGGGGUGGAUCCUGCGGCGUGAGCGACCGUUUCUGGCACUGGCCGUGCCCGGACACGCUGUGAGGGGGUUGGGAGAGCACCCGGCCCCCCCCCCCCCCCCCACUUCCCCGGACAGCUGUGCUCACAUCUGGCUGCAGGCCAGCGUGGCUGGGUGGCACGCAGAGGAAGAAGGACGGCACGCAGAGGCAGCCCUCGGUGGCCCAGCGCUUGCAGAUGUAAAUGGGAGCAGAGGACCCAGGGCUCACAGCUGGGCUCCUGAAGACAGGAACCGAGCCGUGAAGCACUCGGAUGUGCUGGUCAGGGUAAUUUGUCUCACGGGUCGGCCACGCCGCACACGCAGCAGCACAUCUCGGAAGGACACGUUUCUUUUUCUUCCAUCUGCGGUUUCACAAGAACAGCCUCUCCUGCGCCGGGGCUUGGCGGGAGGUCAUUGCGCGUCCCCGCCGGGGCUGUGCAGGCACGCGGGCUUCGCGCCGUACGGAGCAGGAAGCCACGUAUUCACACGUCGCUGAAGUCGGUGCUGGGCAGCGCUCUGUGCCCUUCCCGAAAUUACUGGCUUUGUGAAAACGCCAAACGCUCGCCCUCGUGGCAGCGACGUGCUGAGCCUGGCUGGGUCACGGUGGAGACCCCGGGGCUGGUCUGUGCUCAGCACCGCGUACGCGCAGGGCUGCUCUGCGCCGGGAGCCGCAGGGACAAGCAGAGGGGCUGCGGGGAGAUGGGGUACAGCCGCGUUCCUUCCUCGCCUCGCUGCCCAGGGGUGUGCGGCGUGCCCCUCUGUCCACGUUACCCUCUCCUCAGUCAGUGCCUUCAGCUCUGGGGAUGCCUGGUUCUGCAUGGGGAAAUAAAAUAUUUUGAUUUUGUUUCUUAAGCAAAUUUGAGGUUUUGGGGUUUCUCUUGCAGAAACAACCUUCUGUUUGCAAAUCCUGAUAUUUGUGCGUGCAAGAAUGGAGCUCCUUGAGACUUAUGGUUUGGCACGUGGAUUUGGAAAACAUUUAAGAUACUAAGUAUUUUUUCUAGCAGUCGUUCUGACUUCUUUUUCUCUCUGUUGUAUGACCACGCACAUUCACGUGGGGAAUCCUUGUUCAGUUUUGGGGAGGAAGAGUCGUGUUUGCAUUGAGCGUGCCAAGUUAACACGGAGGCUGCAGGCUCCGUCUCCCCCAGCCCCAAUCCGGUGGGGUUCCCCGGGACCUCCCCUGGGCCCGGGGUGGGAGUUGGAGGGACCCCGGAGCGGGGGAACAGCUCCGUGCUUCCCGAGAGCCCCCUCCUCCGGCUCUGGGGGGAGCGGGACAGCGUGGCCCCCGGUCAGGACACGAGGGGAGCGAGCGUGGGAGUGCUUGUCCGUCUGUCGCCGUCGGUGCAGCGGCACCCGCGCUGGCUUUGCCUUUGUCCCCCUGAGGCAGCGACUGCGGAGUAAUUAAGAACAGGUAAAGCUCUGUGCGUCGGAGCUGCGGGUUGAUUAAAGGUCCCUCCAACGCGCAGAGCUCCUGACCCGUUUCCGCACAACCGCUUCCGAAGUGAAGUCCGAGCCGAUCUGCCGGGUGGCUCCGUCCGUCGCCGGGGGCCCGCAGACACCCCUCCUGCUCCGGCGCCUGUCCCUCGCAGCCCGCGGCGGGUGGGUGGGUGUCCCUUCCCCGCCUGUCCCCCCUCACUCAGCAGCUAUGCCGCCCGGCCCCGCUCCUUGAGCCAGGAGGGGCACGUGGCGAGCCCCUUCCCUCCUGGCUUUGCCGGAGCUUUGCUGGGGUGCGGUGGGCGCGGUGGCUUGUGCCAGGUCGCCGGGGUGGGUGCCUCCAUCACCGCCCUCUGCCAGCAGCUUUCACUUCGGGCGUUUCAUAAUUAAUAAACCAGUUUGAGACAAAGGCUGUUGCCGUACGGAGAGGUUGGCAGAAAUGGAUGCUGUGGUUUCUGUCGCCGGACGAUAAAAUGCCAUUGCUACGCUUGGAAUGAGAGGCGGGAGGCAUGAAGAUGCUGCAAAUUGGUGGGAUUUUUAUUAUUUUGGGAACAUUGUAGCAUUGAGCAGGAUAAUGAAAUGUUUUUCUAAUCAUAACAGCCUCGAAGCAAUAAACAAACGGUACAUUUGUGCUGUGAAAUGUCUGUCGAUUCUUUGUUGACAUGAUUUAGAGGCUGUUAAAGCAGGCUGGCGCGCUGUGCCUGCAUCCCUGGCCGUGCUCUCCGGGGAUGGCGUGCCGAGGUGCUUGGCCGGGAACGCGCAGCGUGGCUCAGGGCUUCCACCUCGCAGGCUUUGCUGAGCGAGAAAGCCGGUAUUUGAAGUUGGUGCGCGCUGCCUUAAUCCUCCGGGCAUCAGAUUCUGCUAGUUUAUGGUUUAGGUACUCAGCAGUGAGAAGAAAUUCCCCUGUGUCCAUCCCUGGAGGAGGACUUUGAGCUUUGGGAGAGAAACGGUCUUUUGUGAAACCCCCUUGUCCCCGCGGGGCCGAGCCAGAGACCUCCGGGCUGCAGGAACGCGGUCGUUGCGGUGGUGCCGGGGAGCGGGAGCUGCGCCGUGGUGGUGGGCUGCGCCGCCGGACCCUCGCGCCUGGCCCCUGGGGUGGCUUCAGCAUCUGGGCAGAGGUGCCAGCGCCUUUUGCAGCGGGAGGGGAGAGGGGAUGUUCGGUAGCCGGCGUCGGUGCAGGGACUCUGGCUGGUGCAUUGCCUUGAGCGCGCUCAACUGAAAGGAAACGGGGCAGAGCUACGAGCGCGGCAGCGCCGGCGUGCCCUGCGACUGUUGUGGAGGUGAGCUGAGCCGGCUGGGUGCUCAGAUGCCACUUAAACACCCUCCUUGUGGUUUGGGUGCUAAGAUGUGUGCUUAAACACUCAUUCUUGCAGUCUUUGCUAGUUUCUCCAAUUUCAUUUGGGAUGGUGUCGGUGGUGCAAAUGCAAACCACAGUGGUGGUGGUGGGGGUUUUCAAAGGGACACGUAACCCCCAAGUGCUCUAAAAUCCACGUGUUUUCACUGGGAUUGGCUUCUGAUUCCUGUAGAUACACCUGGGCUUGUGGCCUGCAGUGCAUCGUUAGCGUUAAUGAGGAAAAACUGCUCUGCCGUCCCUGUUGCUGUUCUCACCACUUGGUGGCCUGAAAGCAACUUCUUUUUUUUUUUCUUUUUUUUUUUUGAGUGCUGUAGGUGCCGUUCAACAGCUUAGUGUCGUGCACACACAAGUGGGCCCUUCUCUCACUGCUCGCAGCCUCAGGCCGUUGCUCACCUUGCAGCAGAGGUUUCCGCGAGCUCCUGUUGUGCCGCGGGCGGCUGCGGUAUCGAUUGGGGUGGGCAGCAAACCGCUGUGCCGGUUGGACCCCGCGGGGAUCGAUCCUCGCCGUGGCAGGGGCACACGAGCACGAGCUGCACGGGUUGUGCAACGGGGCUGACGCUGCGUUCGGGUGAACCUCAGCCUCUGCCGUCGCCUCGGCUGCCUCCGUGGGCGUGCAGCAGCGAGCAGAGAUCGGUGCUUGCUCCGUGCUUGCCGCUUCCCAGGGCUGCUUGUCCGCCUCUUGGUGAACGUCUUCAAAUUUGUUCAGCUUUCGCUCGCGCUGCUUUGAAAUCGCGAUGGAGAAACGCCCCGUGCAUUGCGUGCCGGCAGCCCGUCCCUUUCCACUCCUCGCCCUCGGCCCCCGCCGGCUCCUCCCGGCUUUCCUCUCCUGGGGCUCCUCUGCCCCCGCUCCUGUUUGCUGGUGCCUCCUCGGGACGCGAGCACCCCUGUCCUGCCGGGGGAGAUGCCUCGGAGUCAUCGGGUGUUGCAAAACACACGUUACAAGUUGCCACCGGGAAAGACCCGGAGAAGCACGCCUGCCGUCGGCGGUGACGGCGUUCUGGGCGCGUUGUUUGUCGGAGCUCAGGUUGGGACGGCAGCGGUCGCCCUCAGGCACGCUGUGUUUAUUUUUGUGUUGCAUGCUGCGUGUGAAUUAACUGGAGACUACCAAUUAAAUGAUUAAAUUUUGCUGAUUUGUAAAGAUGCGAGCUAGAUAUAUUAGGAUUACGGCUUCUGUUGCUGUACCGCCACAAAGACAUCUGCAGUUUCUCAUCCUUUUAUUAAGCACCAAUGAUUUGAGCUAAAAUUUUCCAGGCCACACCUAUGUCUUUUGGGGAAGUUGCAGUUACUAGCAAUCAUUUCUGGGAAUGGUUUAAAAAAAAUGCAUUUUCUUAUGAUAUUUAGCUUUUCCUAGAAACUGGUUUUGUUGUUGGUUUGUAACACUUUGCUGCUUUAAAAAAAUGGACUCGAGGCAUUGCUUCAUCACUACAGAUGGUGCACGGCUCCCUCGCUCCGGCGGCCCCGGCUGCACUGACCCUGCGCUGUGCCGGCACGCAGGGCUGCUCUCCGGCAGCGGCGGUGGUCCGCCCGUUUCACAGCAGCAGGUGCCGGAGGACGUGGAGGUCCGUUGGUGCUCGCUGUUGGUGCUCGCUCAGCCGUGGUGUCUGCCCGGCCGGCGCAGCAGUGGCACGCUGCACAGCCCUGCGCUGCGGUGGGAGGCAUCAGGAAGGAAGUCUGCAAGCGUCUGUGUGUCUCUGUGUGUGCACGGGCAAGCGCUGGAGCCGUUUCCGGAGCAGGGUGUCUCGGCUAGGCUGUUAAACCACCACCGCUUGGUGCACCAGAUCGUUCGUGGCACUGCAGGAGCGCGUCUGGGGAUGCAGCUGCUGCUCCACGGACCUGCAGCCUCGCCCGGACCUGAAAUCCUGCGGUCGAUGGAGGCCUGACCAGGAUCCAGCAGAAAGCCUUGUGGGGAAGGAGGGCGAUGCGCGCGCUGCGGAUAAGCUCUUGCAAAGUUCAUGCUGGGUGGAGUUUCCCUCUGGUUUCUAAUUAGUGCAAAAGUGGAGGGGCCGUGUGACGUUCGAUGGCGGCUGGGCAGGAGGGGAGGGAGACUCCUGGGUGGCUGGAAUAACAAUUAGUGUCCGUACUUGAAACGUUCUCAAAAACAUCCUCUGAGGCCGGGACGCCAUCGUGCAUCGAGGAGGAGCAGACUGUGGGAAGGGCCCAGCUGCAGCAGCCCCGCGACGAGCCCGUGGUCCCACGUACGCGCUGGACACAGUGCCGUCCCGUCUGCCCGCCGGGUCCUGGCCCCUCGGGGUGCUCCGCUGCAGCACAGCCCCCCACACGCGGCUUUGCUGGGAAAGCUGCAGCUCUGCUGGGACAGGUCCCCCGUGCCGCUGCCCUCCCAUGCCUGCAGGAGGGUGUCCUGGCGGGACGCAACUGCUGCACCACGGGUGUUUUCGUGGCUGCCUGUGUCUCAGCAUGAAGCUCGGCUAGCAGCAAAAUGAACUUGCUGGGGGAAGGUAUCUGCCGUGGAGGAAGUUACCCAUCUCUGUUCUCUCAUAGACUAAUAAGCCCCAUACGUUUUGGGGAAUUCUUAGUGGAGGAUUGCACAAAAGAGUUGAAAGUAAGCCGGGAUUGUUUGCGGUUGCUCAGCAGACCGCUGCCGAGCACGCUCAUGGGUGCGUGGUCAGCCCGCCCAGGUACGUGGGUGAUCCCGCCGGAGCAGCCCCCCGGUGCCUGCGGCUGCAGGAGGCCGAGCGGGACGGUUCUGCUGGCGGCGUGCUGCAGCGGCGGGGAGAGCCCAGCGCACAGCAGGAAGGGAGAAGCCGUGCUCCCACGGCAGCCGCUGGCACCCGCCGCUCCCGUUCCUGCUGCCCCGUGCCGGUGGCGUUGGAUGGGCAGCGGUGGGGGCUGUGUGUCCGCCCUGGCCGGGGCGGCAGGAUGAUCCCCAGGACGCGGCGCUUUGUCCCGCCGGGUGCGGGGCCAGUACCACAGGCUCCCAGCCAGCCUCCCGCCCCGCACAGCAAAAUGAGUGAGUCCCUUUGUUCCCCUCCCGCAGCACUCGGAGCCGAGCUGCUGGGAGCAUCUCGGUGGGAAACACUUCACUGUGAGCCGUUUUUGCAAAGAACAGAGCACUUCUGUGCUCCCAGCCUCCUUUUUAAACUGCAGAUCUUUCCUGCUAAUUAGCCUGUCUUGGUCUGCAUAGCCGUGAUUAUUCCAAUUGGCCUUAAAUCCUGGCUGCUCCAGCUAGAGCACAUUGAAAUGGGUCUUGUGGCAUUUGCAAUUAUUUUUAGGGUGAACAUUUGAAUAUAUUUGCAUGACUGAAACAGAUCAAGAUAGCAGGAUGGAGCGGAGGUGCUGCAAAAAUGCCAGAGCUGUUUGUUCCCACUGAUUUCCAUCUAAACAAAUGGACGAGCAUUUGACUUUUUGACUUUUAUAUGGUAUGUGGGCGUGCAUUUGAAACUGUUUAACUUUGGUAUGUUAACCAAGCACUUGGCCAGGAUGUUAACCAUGGUGCCGAAGAGCCACAAAAAUAAUUUUGGCGGUGAUGUUACUUUACUGCUGGGAUGGGAAAACGCGUACCUGGGUGGGCAGAGAGGCGCUGCCUCGUGUCGCGGUAAUGCGGUGGUUUGAGCAGAAGCGGGUAACGGCAGAGCGGGCGGACGCUGAGCUGCAGUCCGGGUAGGUGGGGCGGGAUGUCGGGGGUUGGAAGGGGAAUGGAGCGAGUCCUCGGUUGUGGGGCGGCUCUCCUGCCCGCUCCCUGCAAGGGGCCGCUGCGAAACGUGCUCUUUCACGGAGAGAAUCGAGAGGAGAAAACGUUUUUCUGAAGCAGUUCUUUGGAUUGUCAGCAAAACAAAACGCACGGACGUCCCGUUCCUUCCACUUCACUCAGCUCCCGCCCCAGCCACAUAAUCACAAAGAACUUGAAAUCCCUGGGUGAGCCCGGGGAGCAUUGCAAAACCUGCGCUCGCACACGGAGCGGAGGGGGGAGGGCGUGGGAAGCCGUGCCAGCGUGCGCAGGAGUCCCGGCACGGAGCGGGGGGCUGGCAGGACGGCAGGCUUCCUGCUGGAUAGCCUGCCGAGAGGCAGAAAACCCAAAAAGCCUUAGUGCCAGAUGAAGUGUUCAAGGAUUUUUGUGUAAGGUGCCCCUUGGGUUGAACACUUGCUAGCUGAGAGCUGAAGCGUGGUGACCAGCCUGUGCGGAGGAGAACAGGAUGCGGGUCACCAUGAGGAGGGUGUUGCUGGUGGUGGGCUCGGUGGUCGCCCUGAUGGUGACUCUGCACCUCGGCCAGCAGGUUCUGGAGUGCCAGCAGGUCCUGAGCGAGAGGAGGCACAGGCUGAUGAGACCUGAGAACGAGGAGCUGGUCAUGAUGGACUCCAACCACGUCGAGUACCGUUACAGCAAGGAGAUGCCCCUGAUAUUCAUCGGCGGGGUCCCACGGAGCGGCACGACGCUGAUGAGGGCCAUGCUGGAUGCCCACCCCGAGGUGCGCUGCGGAGAGGAGACCCGCAUCAUCCCCCGCGUGCUGGCGAUGCGGCAGGCCUGGUCCAAGUCGGGGCGAGAGAAGAUGCGCCUGGACGAAGCGGGGGUGACGGACCAGGUUUUGGACGCCGCUAUGCAGGCCUUUAUACUGGAAGUGAUCGCCAAGCACGGGGAGCCAGCCAGGUAUUUGUGCAACAAGGACCCCUUCACGCUGAAGUCCUCUGUCUACCUGUCCAGGCUGUUCCCCAAUUCCAAAUUCCUCCUGAUGGUUCGAGACGGCCGGGCUUCGGUCCACUCCAUGAUCACGCGGAAAGUGACGAUCGCGGGCUUUGACCUGAACAGCUACCGAGACUGCCUGACCAAGUGGAACAAAGCCAUCGAGGUGAUGUACGCCCAGUGCCUGGAGCUGGGGCGGUCCCGCUGCCUGCCCGUCUACUACGAGCAGCUGGUGCUGCACCCCGAGCAGUCCAUGCACGCCAUCAUGAAGUUCCUGGACAUCUCCUGGAGCGACACGGUGCUGCACCACGAGGAGCUGAUAGGGAAGCCCGGCGGGGUGUCGCUUUCCAAGAUAGAAAGAUCAACAGACCAAGUUAUCAAGCCGGUGAACAUGGAGGCGUUAUCCAAGUGGAUCGGGCACAUCCCAGGGGAUGUGCUGCAGGACAUGGCCCGCAUCGCACCGAUGCUUGCCAGGCUCGGCUACGACCCCUACGCCAACCCACCCAACUACGGCCACCCCGACCCCUUAGUUGUCAACAACACCCACAGAGUUUUAAAGGGGGAUUAUAAAACGCCAGCCAAUUUGAAAGGUCAUCUGCAGGUGACUCAGAACACAUCAUCUUCUCACUAAGAAAAUUAAUGAUUUCCAGAGCGCUGCAAAUGGCCUUUUGUUGUCCAACAAAGAAGAGUUUGCAAUGGCACCAGUGGAAAUCGGGUUAUCCAAGCAUAUUGCUUGCUAAUUCUAUUGCCAAAAUGACUGCUGUACGAGGAAUGUAUUUGCAUUUAUUUGCAAAGGCCGAACACUUUACACGUCGAGACCUGCCGUCUGCCUUUUCCGAGCGCUCCGUGGUGAAAGCAUCUGUGGAAACCGUCCCCGACGGGCCGUGGGCGCACGCAGGCCCUGGACGGCGUUGGCCGCGGCCCGGUCAAAUCGCGGUUGGGUGGCGGUGAACCCGUGGGCCAGCAGCGGCUGCCCUCGUCCUGCCAGUGCCCCCAGCCCUUCACUGUGACGUAGAGAGGCUAUUGCAGAGUUAAUAUAUGAGCCCCCGCCUUCCCUCUGUUGGCACCAUUAAAGUGAUGUUUUCGUA